AUGUUGUCAUCGUUUCGUAAGCGCAGAGUCCAGAAAAUGGACCCAAGUGGGGUCAAAGUGCUGGAAACAGCAGAAGACAUCCAAGAAAGGAGGCAGCAGGUUCUGGACCGAUACCACCGCUUUAAGGAGCUGUCAACCCUUAGACGACAGAAGCUUGAGGAUUCCUAUCGAUUCCAGUUUUUUCAACGUGAUGCUGAAGAGUUGGAAAAAUGGAUUCAAGAGAAGCUUCAGAUUGCAUCAGAUGAAAAUUACAAGGACCCAACCAAUUUGCAAGGGAAGCUUCAGAAACACCAGGCCUUUGAAGCUGAAGUGCAGGCCAAUUCAGGCGCCAUUGUGAAACUGGAUGAGACUGGCAACCUGAUGAUCUCAGAAGGGCAUUUUGCAUCUGAAACUAUAAGAGCUCGUUUGAUGGAGCUACACCGACAAUGGGAACUACUCCUGGAGAAGAUGCGGGAGAAGGGAGUAAAAUUAUUGCAGGCACAAAAAUUGGUGCAGUAUUUACGGGAGUGUGAAGAUGUGAUGGACUGGAUCACUGACAAGGAAGCAAUUGUUACUUCAGAGGAACUGGGUCAGGAUCUGGAACAUGUGGAAGUUUUACAGAAGAAAUUUGAAGAAUUUCAGACAGAUAUGGCUGCUCAUGAAGAGAGAGUAAAUGAAGUAAACCAGUUUGCUGCCAAACUUAUCCAGGAGCAACAUCCUGAAGAAGACCUGAUCAAGACCAAGCAGGAUGAAGUGAAUGCAGCCUGGCAGCGACUGAAGGGCCUGGCCCUCCAAAGGCAGGGGAAGCUCUUUGGAGCAGCUGAAGUUCAGCGUUUUAACAGGGAUGUGGAUGAAACUAUCAGCUGGAUUAAGGAGAAGGAGCAAUUGAUGGCAUCUGAUGAUUUUGGCCGAGAUUUGGCAAGUGUACAGGCUCUACUCCGAAAACAUGAGGGACUAGAAAGAGACCUUGCUGCUCUAGAAGACAAGGUUAAAGCUUUGUGUGCUGAGGCUGACCGUCUGCAGCAAUCCCAUCCCAUGAGUGCUACUCAGAUCCAAGUUAAGCGAGAGGAGCUGAUUACAAAUUGGGAGCAGAUCCGUACCCUAGCAGCUGAAAGACAUGCACGCCUCAAUGAUUCUUAUAGACUUCAGCGCUUCCUUGCAGACUUCCGAGAUCUCACUAGUUGGGUAACUGAGAUGAAGGCUCUCAUCAAUGCUGAUGAACUUGCCAAUGAUGUAGCUGGGGCUGAAGCUCUACUUGAUAGGCACCAAGAACACAAGGGUGAAAUUGAUGCCCAUGAAGAUAGUUUUAAAUCUGCUGAUGAAUCGGGACAGGCUCUUCUUGCUGCUGGUCAUUAUGCCUCUGAUGAAGUGAGAGAGAAGCUGACCAUCCUUUCUGAUGAAAGAGCUGCUCUCCUGGAACUUUGGGAACUUCGCAGGCAACAGUAUGAACAGUGCAUGGAUCUGCAGCUUUUUUACAGAGACACUGAACAAGUAGACAACUGGAUGAGCAAACAAGAGGCAUUUCUGUUAAAUGAAGACCUGGGAGAUUCUCUGGACAGUGUAGAAGCUCUUCUCAAGAAGCAUGAAGAUUUUGAGAAAUCUCUCAGUGCUCAAGAAGAAAAAAUUACAGCACUGGAUGAGUUUGCAACCAAGCUGAUCCAAAAUAACCAUUAUGCUAUGGAAGAUGUGGCUACACGUAGAGAUGCAUUAUUGAGCCGACGCAAUGCCCUUCAUGAACGGGCCAUGUACCGCCGGGCCCAGCUGGCUGAUUCAUUCCACCUACAGCAGUUUUUCAGAGAUUCUGAUGAGCUAAAGAGUUGGGUGAAUGAAAAGAUGAAAACUGCAACAGAUGAAGCUUAUAAGGAUCCAUCCAACUUGCAGGGCAAAGUUCAGAAGCAUCAGGCUUUUGAGGCUGAGCUCUCAGCUAAUCAGAGUCGAAUUGAUGCCUUGGAGAAAGCUGGACAAAAGCUGAUUGAUGUUAAUCAUUAUGCCAAAGAUGAGGUGGCAACUCGUAUGAAUGAGGUAAUCAGUUUAUGGAAGAAGCUGUUGGAAGCUACAGAACUAAAGGGAAUAAAACUUCGUGAAGCUAACCAGCAACAACAAUUUAACCGUAAUGUGGAAGAUAUUGAAUUGUGGCUUUAUGAAGUAGAAGGUCAUUUGGCUUCUGAUGAUUACGGGAAAGAUCUUACCAAUGUCCAGAACCUUCAGAAGAAGCAUGCUCUUUUAGAGGCAGAUGUUGCAGCCCACCAGGAUCGAAUUGAUGGCAUCACUAUCCAAGCCCGGCAGUUUCAGGAUGCUGGUCAUUUUGAUGCUGACAACAUCAAGAAGAAGCAAGAGGCCCUUGUAGCUCGAUAUGAAGCUCUGAAGGAUCCUAUGGUUGCUCGAAAGCAGAAGUUGGCUGACUCGCUGCGCUUACAACAGCUCUUCCGAGAUGUUGAGGAUGAAGAAACAUGGAUCCGAGAGAAAGAACCCAUUGCUGCUUCUACUAACAGAGGCAAGGAUCUAAUUGGGGUUCAGAACCUGCUAAAGAAGCACCAAGCCCUUCAGGCAGAAAUUGCUGGUCAUGAGCCUCGUAUCAAAGCUGUUACACAGAAGGGAAAUGCCAUGGUGGAGGAAGGCCAUUUUGCUGCUGAAGAUGUGAAGACCAAGCUAAAUGAAUUGAAUCAGAAGUGGGAGUCUCUAAAAGCAAAAGCUUCCCAGCGUCGGCAGGAUUUAGAAGAUUCUCUGCAGGCUCAGCAGUAUUUUGCUGAUGCCAAUGAAGCUGAAUCUUGGAUGCGAGAGAAAGAACCUAUUGUGGGCAGUACAGACUAUGGGAAAGAUGAGGACUCUGCUGAGGCUCUCUUGAAGAAACAUGAAGCCUUGAUGUCAGAUCUGAGUGCCUAUGGCAGCAGUAUCCAGGCUUUGCGGGAGCAAGCUCAGUCAUGCCGGCAACAAGUGGCUCCUACAGAUGACGAAACAGGGAAGGAGCUAGUAUUAGCCCUCUAUGAUUACCAAGAGAAGAGUCCUCGAGAGGUCACUAUGAAAAAGGGGGAUAUCCUCACUCUGCUUAACAGCACAAACAAGGAUUGGUGGAAAGUGGAAGUGAAUGACCGUCAAGGUUUUGUGCCUGCUGCAUAUGUAAAGAAAUUGGACCCAGCCCAGUCAGCAUCACGAGAGAAUUUACUGGAGGAACAAGGCAGUAUCGCAUUGAGACAGGAACAGAUUGACAACCAGACACUCAUAACUAAGGAGGCUGGCAGUGUAUCCCUACGUAUGAAACAGGUGGAAGAACUAUACCACUCUCUGCUGGAACUGGGGGAGAAGCGCAAAGGCAUGUUAGAGAAGAGUUGUAAGAAGUUCAUGCUGUUCCGUGAAGCUAAUGAGCUACAGCAGUGGAUCAAUGAGAAGGAGGCCACGCUGACCAAUGAGGAAGUUGGCACAGACCUAGAACAAGUAGAGGUGCUACAGAAGAAGUUUGAUGACUUUCAGAAGGAUUUGAAAGCCAAUGAAUCCCGACUAAAGGACAUCAACAAAGUUGCUGAAGACCUGGAGUCAGAAGGGUUGAUGGCAGAGGAAGUUCAGGCUGUACAGCAACAGGAGGUAUAUGGUAUGAUGCCUAGGGAUGAUACUGAUUCUAAGACUGCUUCUCCCUGGAAGUCUGCACGGCUGAUGGUUCACACAGUGGCCACUUUUAAUUCAAUCAAGGAACUAAAUGAGCGCUGGAGGUCUCUACAGCAGUUGGCUGAAGAGCGGAGCCAACUUCUGGGCAGUGCCCAUGAAGUACAGAGAUUCCAUAGAGAUGCUGAUGAAACCAAGGAAUGGAUUGAAGAAAAGAAUCAGGCUUUAAACACAGACAAUUAUGGACAUGAUCUGGCCAGUGUCCAGGCAUUGCAACGCAAGCAUGAGGGCUUUGAGAGAGACCUAGCAGCAUUAGGUGAUAAGGUGAAUUCCCUCGGGGAGACUGCCGAGCGACUAAUCCAGUCCCAUCCUGAAUCAGCUGAAGACCUUCAAGAGAAAUGCACUGAGCUAAAUCAGGCCUGGAACAGCUUAGGGAAACGAGCUGAUCAGCGCAAGGCCAAGUUGGGGGAUUCUCAUGACCUGCAGCGUUUCCUCAGUGAUUUCCGGGACCUCAUGUCUUGGAUCAAUGGAAUCCGGGGCUUAGUAUCCUCUGAUGAAUUAGCCAAGGAUGUCACAGGAGCUGAAGCUUUGUUAGAAAGACAUCAGGAACACCGAACAGAAAUUGAUGCCAGAGCUGGCACUUUCCAGGCAUUUGAGCAGUUUGGGCAGCAGCUGUUGGCUCGUGGGCACUAUGCCAGCCCUGAGAUCAAAGAGAAACUAGAUAUUCUCGAUCAAGAGAGAGCUGACCUGGAGAAAGCCUGGAUCCAGCGCAGGAUGAUGCUAGACCAGUGUCUUGAACUACAGUUGUUUCACCGGGAUUGUGAACAGGCGGAAAAUUGGAUGGCUGCUCGGGAGGCUUUCCUGAAUACUGAAGAUCGAGGGGACUCUCUGGAUAGUGUAGAGGCUCUGAUCAAGAAACAUGAAGACUUUGAUAAAGCAAUCAAUGUUCAGGAGGAGAAGAUUGCAGCUCUACAGUCCUUUGCUGACCAGUUAAUAUCUGCGGAUCACUAUGCUAAAGGAGACAUUUCUAACCGUCGCAAUGAGGUUUUGGAUAGGUGGAGACGCCUAAAAGCCCAAAUGAUUGAGAAGAGAUCCAAGCUGGGAGAAUCACAGACACUUCAGCAGUUCAGUCGAGAUGUGGAUGAGAUUGAGGCCUGGAUCAGUGAAAAGCUGCAGACAGCAAGUGAUGAAUCCUAUAAGGAUCCUACCAAUAUUCAACUUUCCAAGCUGCUGAGCAAACACCAGAAGCACCAAGCCUUUGAAGCCGAGCUGCACGCCAAUGCUGACCGAAUCCGGGGUGUAAUUGACAUGGGCAACUCCCUCAUUGAGCGAGGGGCCUGUGCUGGCAGUGAAGAUGCUGUUAAGGCCCGCCUAGCAGCACUUGCUGACCAGUGGCAGUUCUUAGUGCAGAAAUCAGCCGAGAAGAGCCAGAAGCUGAAGGAAGCCAACAAGCAGCAGAAUUUCAACACUGGCAUCAAAGACUUUGAUUUCUGGUUGUCAGAAGUCGAGGCUCUCUUAGCUUCAGAAGAUUAUGGUAAAGACCUAGCUUCUGUGAAUAACCUGCUAAAGAAGCAUCAGCUACUUGAGGCAGAUAUAUCAGCCCACGAGGAUCGUCUGAAGGAUCUGAAUGGCCAAGCAGAUAGCCUGAUGACAAGUAGCGCCUUCGACACUUCUCAGGUGAAGGAAAAGCGAGACACUAUCAACAGCCGCUUCCAGAGGAUCAAGGGCAUGGCAGCUGCCAGGCGAGCCAAGCUCAAUGAGUCACAUCGGCUGCACCAGUUUUUCCGGGACAUGGAUGAUGAGGAGUCCUGGAUCAAGGAGAAGAAGCUCCUGGUGAGUUCAGAGGACUAUGGCCGGGAUUUAACAGGUGUACAGAACCUGAGGAAAAAGCAUAAACGCCUAGAAGCCGAAUUAGCUGCACAUGAACCUGCCAUCCAGGCUGUCCUGGAUACUGGAAAGAAAUUGUCCGAUGACAACACAAUUGGCAAAGAGGAGAUCCAGCAGCGCUUGGCCCAGUUUGUAGAGCAUUGGAAAGAGCUGAAGCAGUUGGCAGCUGCUCGGGGCCAACGUUUGGAAGAGUCCUUGGAGUAUCAGCAAUUUGUUGCCAAUGUGGAGGAGGAGGAAGCUUGGAUCAAUGAAAAAAUGACCUUGGUAGCUAGUGAGGAUUAUGGAGAUACUCUUGCUGCUAUACAGGGCUUGCUGAAGAAACAUGAAGCAUUUGAGACAGACUUCACUGUCCACAAAGACCGAGUGAAUGAUGUUUGUACCAAUGGACAGGACCUCAUUAAGAAGAACAAUCACCAUGAGGAGAAUAUCUCUGCUAAAAUGAAGGGCCUGAAUGGGAAGGUAUCUGACCUAGAAAAAGCUGCAGCUCAGAGGAAGGCCAAGCUAGAUGAGAACUCAGCUUUCCUUCAGUUCAAUUGGAAGGCUGAUGUGGUGGAAUCUUGGAUUGGUGAGAAGGAAAACAGUCUGAAGACGGAUGACUAUGGUAGAGACCUCUCUUCUGUUCAGACUCUUCUCACCAAACAGGAAACCUUUGAUGCAGGGCUUCAGGCCUUCCAGCAAGAAGGGAUUGCAAAUAUCACAGCCCUUAAAGAUCAGCUGCUGGCUGCCAAGCAUGUUCAGUCCAAGGCCAUUGAGGCCCGCCAUGCCUCUCUCAUGAAACGCUGGAACCAGUUACUAGCCAACUCAGCUACCCGCAAGAAGAAGCUUUUAGAAGCCCAGGAACAUUUCCGAAAGGUGGAAGAUCUUUUCUUGACCUUUGCCAAGAAGGCUUCAGCCUUCAACAGCUGGUUUGAGAAUGCUGAGGAGGACCUAACAGACCCUGUUCGAUGCAAUUCACUGGAGGAAAUCAAAGCUUUGCGAGAAGCCCAUGAUGCCUUCCGCUCCUCACUUAGCUCUGCCCAGGCAGAUUUUAAUCAGCUGGCUGAACUAGACAGACAAAUCAAGAGCUUCCGGGUGGCCUCCAAUCCCUAUACUUGGUUCACCAUGGAGGCCCUGGAAGAAACCUGGAGGAACCUACAAAAAAUCAUCAAAGAGCGGGAGCUGGAGCUGCAGAAAGAACAGCGAAGGCAAGAGGAGAAUGACAAGUUACGACAAGAGUUUGCCCAGCACGCCAAUGCCUUCCACCAGUGGAUCCAGGAGACCAGAACAUAUCUCCUCGAUGGCAUAGCAUAUCGUCGGGUCAUUCGUGUCUAUCAGUAUGAAGUUGGGGAUGAUCUGUCUGGAAGGUCCUGUAUGGUGGAAGAAUCUGGGACCCUGGAAUCCCAGCUUGAAGCCACUAAACGUAAACACCAGGAGAUCCGGGCCAUGAGGAGUCAGCUAAAGAAGAUUGAGGACCUGGGGGCAGCCAUGGAGGAGGCACUUAUUCUGGACAACAAAUACACUGAGCAUAGCACUGUGGGGCUGGCCCAGCAGUGGGAUCAGUUGGACCAACUUGGGAUGCGAAUGCAGCACAACCUGGAGCAGCAGAUCCAGGCCAGGAAUACAACUGGUGUGACUGAAGAGGCCCUGAAGGAGUUCAGCAUGAUGUUUAAACAUUUUGACAAGGAUAAGUCUGGUCGACUCAAUCACCAAGAGUUUAAAUCUUGCUUGCGCUCUCUCGGUUAUGACCUGCCUAUGGUGGAAGAAGGAGAACCAGACCCUGAGUUUGAGGCAAUCCUCGACACCGUGGAUCCAAACAGGGAUGGCCACGUAUCACUGCAAGAAUACAUGGCUUUUAUGAUCAGCCGAGAGACUGAAAAUGUCAAAUCCAGCGAGGAGAUUGAGAGCGCUUUCCGGGCCCUCAGUUCUGAAGGAAAACCCUACGUGACCAAGGAAGAAUUGUACCAGAAUCUGACCAGGGAACAAGCCGAUUACUGCAUCUCACACAUGAAGCCCUAUGUUGAUGGCAAGGGCCGUGAACUCGCCUCUGCUUUUGACUAUGUAGAAUUUACCCGUUCUCUCUUUGUGAAUUGAUUCACAGCCCCUGCCUAGUGUUAGUCACAGCCAAACACUGCUCGUCUUGCUGCCUCA